AUGUCCUCCGCCUUUCUUGGUUACCACGACGACGAAGUCCAUGAGGAAACAGCCAUCGUGCACUUCCGCGACCUCCAACGAUGCUGGCUAGCUCUUUUCAACAAUCACGCCUCAAACAUGUCUUCGACGAUGCCGUUACUAGAUGCCCUCCCUGUUGCUGUUUGGUCCCACGUCUUGUUUGAUGAAAUUCUAUUGGGUCAUCGUUGGGUAGGCCACUUGCGUUGCUCAAGUGUGGACUUCCUCCUAUUAACAUCAAGGGGAAUGGGACAUUGGACUCUCAGCUGCAUAGUAUGCUUGCAAGAACACGGGCAAAACGAAACACUUGACCAACACUUGACCAUUGGGUUGCUCUAUGAUUUCAAGAACGAUUGCCUUCUCCCCAUGCCAUUGGCAGUAGCUUGCCUCGGUUUCAUCCUUCUUUUCACCAUCAUCUUCUUCAACUCUCUCGUAUGUGCGUUCAUCUAUGUUACGGGUCGGUAUAUCUAUGACGGAUUAUACCCUGAACACCGCUGGACUUGCAACGAGGACGAAGGCAUAAUGACAAGUACAAAGGAUUCAUUGAUCGCCCGACACUACACGACGGUCUAUUUGAUCCUGGACACCAUGCGCUCCAGAAUCAAAGGCAAAACGUCAACGAUACACAGAAUGUUGAGAAGGUCUUUAUUGAGAUCUCGGACGACUCGGACUUGGACUUGGACGUUCCUUUGUCCGGUCUCGUGA